CAAAUGUCAGACUUGUUACGUUUCUAGCAGAUACAAAGGUCUACUUCGGUAAGGCACAAUUUGUAUGGAAUGCUAAAAUAAAUUGACCAAACGCUUGUUUGUAGCGACACUGCUACGGCGGAAGUGUAUCAUGGGUUUGUGAGUGAAGUCAGGAGGGGCAGCCUCGGUGAUUAAAAAGUAACUGUUAGCUCCUUUUAGCUAACAGAAGAUGAAAUGCUAGUUUUCUAGCCUAUUUUCACUGCUAUUAGCUAACUCCAUGUUGCUAACGUUACGCAGCCUCGCUAGCAUCAGAUGUUCCGUUAUAAUCCUGUCAGUUAGCUACUAUUUACAGAGGAACUUCAGCGAUGGAGGAAGUUGACAAAAUUCUGAUUCACGCCCUCAAACAAGUCGGCACAGAGGUGAGCGAGGACACGGCCAGUGUCAAGCAGUUCACCAGUGAGCUCAUAGUGGAGGCGGUGGUCCGAUGCAUCCGGGUGAUCGAUCCAGGCCUGGGCAGCCCGCUGCCCACAUCCCUCCCUCCAGGCAUGUCUGCCCGUUUCAGGGUGGGCACGAGCCUGGCCCAGGCCUGUCAGGACAUUGGUUAUAAAGGAGAGAUUGGCUACCAGACUUUUCUAUACAGCAAUGAGCCAGAGAUCCGGUCCCUGCUCAUGUUCCUGGUGGAGAAGCUGCCCAGAGAGAGGGCAGAGACCUCAGACCAGCCGACAGGUAAAUCGGUGGUCCUACAGAGAGCCAUCGCUGCUGCAAUCAAAGCCCAGUUGGCUGUUCCCUGGCUGCCUCCUAACUGCCGACUGCCCCUGCACAGCGAAAAACAAAGUCCUGUAGCUUUGCACAGGUUCCAUGUCCAGCCUCUCAGUUUGCCACACUGCACUAAAGGCCCAGGACAGAGUCAGCUGAAAGAGGUACAGGACUACCAGCGAGAAAUCCUGUCCCCAGUGACUGCCCAGCCUUCCCAUCAUGCUUCUGUGGUGGCGUCCAUACUGGAGCAGCACACGGCUGAGCUGAGUGCUGCUCAGGAGUGGGACAACGAGUGGAACAGUCAGGGACUUUUGUCUCGUCUCACACCUCAGGAGUAUCGCUCCAGGAAACUGAGCCGGCUGCGUAAACGGAUCGAGGAGCAGCUGCUUUCUGCUGAAAGGGAUUUUGGUCCCCGCUCCACCUCUGACCUGUCUGACCUCCUGCAGGCCUUUAGAGGCUCCACCCCCUCUGACCACAUCCUGGCCAAGGGGAGCAACUUCACCCACACACAGAAAUUCACCUUCACACAGUCGGCUGCAGCAGUGACCAGCCCCUCCGUCCCUGCUGGCCAUCAGUCUGAGAGUGAGAUCCAGCUCCGUCAGCAGGAGGAGCAGCUUUCCCUCCAGCACAAGUUCCAGGAGCUCUGCAGUGAAUUAGAAGAGCUGGCUGUAGACAUGAAGCACAUGAGGGUCACUAAUGCACAGGUGUUGGAUGAGCUGAAGCAGAGGGAGCUGGGCAACUCUGAAAACGAGGAGAAGUUGCAGGUGAAGAAGAAAACAAUCGACUUGCUGCCGGACGCAGACAACAAUCUGCUGAAGCUUCAGGCGCUGGUGGAGGCCAGUGCCAAUCGGGUGGUGCACCUGGCCUCUCAGUGGGAGAAGCACCGCACUCCACUCAUCGCCGAGCACCGCAGACUCAAAGAGAUCUGCAGCAACCGAGAUCUGGAGUCAUCCAGGAAGCUGACGGAAAUCAAGUCUCUGCAUGAUAAGAUCCGUGUGUCUACAGAGGAGGCCAAGAGGAAGGAAGAGAUCUACAAACAGCUGGUAACGGAGUUGGAGAAUCUUCCUCAGGACGCGUCGCGCUCUGCGUACACUCAGAGGAUCCUCGAGAUCGUCAACAAUAUCCAGAAGCAGAAGGAGGAAAUUACUAAGAUUUUGUCAGACACGAAAACGCUCCAGAAAGAAAUCAACAGCCUGACAGGGAAGCUGGACCGAACCUUUGCUGUCACUGAUGAGCUGGUCUUCAAGGACGCCAAGAAAGAUGAAUCGGUCCGUAAAUCGUACAAGUACCUGGCUGCGCUGCAUGAAAACUGUAAUCAGUUGAUCCAAACCAUCGAGGACACCGGUACAAUCUUGAGAGAGAUUCGGGAUCUGGAGGAGCAGAUUGAGACUGAAAACGGUAGUAAAACUGUGGCGAACCUGGAGAGGAUUCUGGAUGACUACAAGGCCGUCCGCCAGGAGAACUCGGCCCUCGCUGCCAAAGUCCGAGAAGGCUGAAGGACGCCUGCCGACGCACAACCUGGAUCCCUGAACCAGACUGGGACUGAAAGCUGCACUCCGGUUGUUCAUAAAAACCGCCCUCUGUUGCCUUUGGGACGGGCUUUUCUUCAGAAAGGCGAGCUCACCUUGGAGCCACGGCAGUCACGUGGCAUUCCAACGCACAAGCUGCAUAAACGGCCUGAGGCUCGAAUGACAGCCUUCAGUGGACAGCAGGGGGCGCUGUGUUCAUAUCAGUGUACGGAAUGUUUUCACGAGAUAUCUUGAUUAGACUGAAAUCUUAAUUCAGGAAUUUUUAAUAUGAGACUUAAUCCACCAUUUUCAUACACAAGCAAACAAUUUGUUGUCGAGCUUCUAUUUGAACCGAAGCUGCUGAGUGAAUGGCAUUUGAAUGUAGUCCAUUGUUAAUGUUGUCCAGUCUCAUCAAAGUAUUGUUGUGUGUGUGUGUGUGUGUGUAUAUAUAUAUAUAUAUGGUACCAGUUUGAUUAAAGAUGCCUUACAAACUUGAAGAGCAGCUCUCGUCAGGCUUGAGUGAUGAUCACGAUGAGCGGACCUACUGUUACUGUAACAUACUAUUUAUAAACUGCAUCUCCUUCAGCACCUCUCACAUGUGCCAAAAACAAGACAGUUUGAGCCGCCCAG